AUGCCGUGGCAAACUUUCUCGAAAUCACCGCAAUUCUUACCAGUUUUCACGGAGCUGUAUGACAACAUCAUCUACCCAAGAACAAUGACUGCUCCAAGAUCGAAAGGACCGUCUCUCAAGAGUGUUCAGCAAGCUAUCGCUGAUGGUGAGAACUAUGGGGAUCAGAAGUAUUCGGGUCUGCGUAUCGUCUUCAAUCAACCACCUCCACCUUUCAAUCUACCCCGCAAAUUUACUCCUUCGAUCGGUCCCAACUUUGCAUGGCGGAGAGCCACUCAAAAUGGCAAGAAUUCUUUCGAUUUUACAACACCUUUCGAAACGAAUUUGACCAUACAAGCAACGUUGAACCAUUUCCACGAUAAGAUGAAGUUGGAGAAGCUUGUCACUCAAGGCAAGCGCAAGGCAGAUUUGGACGCCAAAGAGAAGAUGGCUAAUUCUAUACGAUUACACAACACAGUGACAGUUGCUAGUAUCUGGAAGCUUGGUUCAAGCCAGGUCACAGAAGUAUGUGCCAUUCUGUCCGCAUUUUUGAGUAUAUGGCUUCGUCGAUGA